CUUAAAGUGAGCAUUAGAAUACCUUGGUUAAUGUGCGUGCAUGCAGUUUUAACCUGGCCAGCAAAGCCAUGAUUACCAGCACGCAUUUGAACUUGUCCAGACAUUUUGUUGACAUCUUUGGUCUCCGAUUGGGUGGCUUGUGACGUUAGUUAUCACAUUUCAGCUCUCAAUUACUUAGCAUGGAAAGACUACAUGAUUCUCCUUACAGAUUAAAACAUAUAUUAUUAGGUUAUAGGUGCGAUAGUAAUUGCAUUGAACGAUUUCGGACCAUAAAACACACUGACAAGUGUUGUACACACUGCCUUGGUAGGGGUCAUUCAUCAAUCACCCUUUCUUCGAAUGGAUCAUGGGAGAAGUGGUUUACAACGAACAGUAGAUGGCACUAUUGCCCUUUAUUGAGAGCCAUAACGAGUACCAUGACAGUUUGUGUCUCACUAACAAUUGUUUUGCCAUGACGCAUCUAAUGCUUUGUUAAGCUGAAGUGGACACACAUUAGUCGUCCUAUCAUUUUAAGGGUGCAGUCCUCGAUCCUGGCGAAAGGUUGUUGAUAUUUGAGCUCAACGGCCGAUCAACUACCCACUCCCUUCCAUGCUCCUGGGUGACCUGUGCUUUUAAUUGGCUGGAAUAGUUUAUGGUUCGGUCUGAACCACAAGCUCAGGAUGUUUCUGGUGGGGCUGACUGGGGGCAUUGCCUCAGGGAAGAGUGCGGUGUCCUGCAUCCUCAGAGAGCUUGGCUGCCCCAUCAUCGAUGCUGAUGUUGUGGCCAGGCAAGUGGUGGAGCCCCACAGCAGAGCGUACGUGCUGAUAGUGAAGCACUUCGGGGCGUCCGUGCUGCAGGAGAACGGCGAGAUCGACAGGAAGAAGCUGGGUCAGCUCAUCUUCGCCAGCGAGGACAAGCGCCGCCUGCUCAACUCCAUCACCCACCCGGAGAUCCACAAGGCCAUGCUCAAGCAGAUCCUCCUCUACUUCCUCAAAGGUUAUCGCUAUGUAGUUCUAGACGUACCGCUGCUCUUCGAGACAAGAAAACUCACCCGUUUCCUCAACCACACAGUAGUGGUCUACUGUGACCCGGCCACGCAACUCUCCCGGCUGAUGCAGCGGGACGGGCUGACCCAGGAGCAGGCGGAGCAGCGCGUGGCCACGCAGAUGCCCCUGAAUGAGAAGCGGGGCCUGGCCAGCCACGUCAUCGAGAACUCGGGCGGCCGCGAGGACACCCACCGGCAGGUCCUGCGACUCCACACCACGCUCGAGGACUCCAUGGAGUUCCUGCUGGUCCGUGCCAUCGCCGUGGCAGCCGCCGCCGGCCUCAGCGGACUCCUCCUCUAUACAAUAAAGCUGCUGGUCUCCUAGCAACGGGGACCAGAGGGACGGGUGGGAGUUCUAUCAGGGACUGGGGGGUUCCAGGGCGGAAUUACAGGUUCCCAUGGCGAUGAGUGAGGUGUGAUGGGCGCUGAUAACCUUGAAGAUUUUCUAUUUUUCAACUCCUUAACUUUCACUCGCUUUUUAAAACAUAGAUUUUACGGACUCCUAACACUGUAAUUUAACGAAUUCACACAGCUGGAUGUAUUGGACAAUCUGUUAUCUUAACAGUAAUCUUUAGUGCACCACUUUCCAUGUGUGUGGUUUUUUUUUUUUUUUUUUUUAAAUGCACCACUAAAACACUGUGUCUGGUUGGUGUUGCACACUAACAUACUAACUGGGAGGUAGCAGCAUUGUAAAUAUAUAGGUAGAUUUAUUUCCUUCCUUAAUAAAGUGAACAUGGAUAGCAGCCAUGAUGCACUCAGUAGAACUGCUGCUACCUUACAGUUUGUGAGAAGGAAGAAUGUAUAAUAUCACUCGUCUUUACCUGUUUGAAAUAAAUGGGAUUUAGUCACUACA